UUCAGGCUGAAGUUUUUUCUUAUUUGAAUCGUUUUAUCUUCUUUUUAAUGAAACAUUUAUUAGAUUUAAAUUUUUUUUUAAGAUGCCUGCAUAAAGCUAUUUUAUGAUUUGGACAUUACACAGUAAAGGAAAGAAGGAAACUAGAAAACAAUGUGUUCAUUUUGGAAGCAAAGUAAAAAUUUAAAAAAAUGGAACCUUGUUCCUGUGACACUUUUGUGGCAUUGCCUCCAGCAACAGUUGAAAAUAGGAUUAUUUUUGGAAAAAAUUCAGAUAGACUCUGUGAUGAAGUACAAGAGGUAGUUUAUUUUCCUGCUGCAGUUCACGAUAACCUGAGAGGACAUCUUAAGUGUACUUACAUAGAAAUUGAUCAGGUCCCUGAAACAUAUGCUGUUGUUCUCAGUCGCCCAGCUUGGUUGUGGGGUGCAGAAAUGGGAGCCAAUGAACAUGGAGUUUGCAUUGGGAAUGAAGCUGUUUGGGGAAGAGAAGAAGUUUGUGAUGAAGAGGCGCUACUGGGCAUGGACCUUGUCAGACUUGGCCUUGAAAGAGCUGAUACAGCUGAAAAAGCUCUCAAUGUCAUUGUUGAUUUAUUAGAAAAAUACGGCCAGGGUGGAAAUUGUUCAGAGGAUGGUAUGGCAUUUAGCUAUCACAACAGUUUCCUGAUAGCUGAUAGGAAGGAAGCCUGGAUUCUGGAGACUGCAGGGAAGUACUGGGCAGCAGAAAAAGUACAAGAGGGAGUUCGUAAUAUUUCUAAUCAGCUUUCUAUAACGACCAAGAUUGAUCGGGAACACCCAGACAUGAGAAACUAUGCUAAGCAGAAAGGUUGGUGGGAUGGUAAAAAGGAGUUUGAUUUUGCAGCAACAUAUUCUUAUAUUGACACAACCAAGAUGACAAUUUCACCAGGCAGAUACUGUGAAGGCUACAAACUUCUGAAUAAACACAAAGGAAACAUAACUUUUGAAACAAUGAUGGAAAUUCUCCGAGAUAAACCAAGUGGCAUUAAUAUGGAAGGAGAAUUCCUGACCACUGCAAGCAUGGUUUCUAUUUUACCUCAAGAUUCCAACUUUCCUUGCAUUCACUUCUUCACUGGGACUCCUGAUCCUGAGAGAUCUGUUUUUAAGCCUUUCAUAUUUGUGCCAAAUAUUUCACAACUACUGGACACCAGUUCACCAACAUUUGAAGUUGAAGACCCAGUUAAAAAGAAGCCACAUUUUAAGACUAAACCUGACAGAAGACACCCACUCUACCAAGAGCAUCAACAGGCAUUGAAAAUAAUAGAUAACAAGGAGGAAAAAGCCAAAACAAUGUUGGAGAACAUGAGAAAACUGGAGAAAGAACUAUUCAAAGAGAUGGAAUCAAUCCUUCAAAACAAGCAUCUUGAUGUGGAUAAAAUUGUUAAUCUUUUUCCUCAGUGUGCAAAAGAUGAAAUUCAAAUUUAUAAGUUAAAUAUUAAUUCUUAAUGAUCAUCUAAAUGGUCAACAAUCUUCCUCAAAGUCAGAAUCAAUCACCGUGGUAAAUGACAUGAACCUAGUGUGAGCAGAUAUGAUUAUUCUUUAAUAUCAUUCAAGUGAUAGCUUGGCUAUUAAAACUGCAUAUAAUUGCUGAAAUAUCAAGAAAGAAAAUAACAUUGAAAUUAGACACAUAUAUUAUGGGAUAGCCAGUUGUUACAUCAGGUACUGACCCAUGUUGUUUUUUUUGUAGCUGCAAUAACUUUUUACAAAUAACAUAUUCAAUUCUGCAUAAGGCAUGAAACAUUAAAAUAA